UUCUCAAGCUCGCCUCCAGAGCACGAGAGCAAUGCACAGCAGAUGCCUUUUUAUUUGCUUUAACGCCUCGCGCAGUUGAUUCAGUGAUUCAAUAGACCACAAGAGCAUUAGUUCACUAUCGGCCAUAGAGCUGAAUUCACAAAGCUUUUACUUGGAAUAUCUUAAAAAGAAAAAAAAAAAACGACUAGAAGCAGAGCGCGAAGCAUCACCGUCUUGAGGAGCAGCGAAGAGCGCGAAAACGUCGCGUCAAAGGGAUUGACUGAUGUUGCAGAGCGAGAGCAGAAAACAGCUAGAAAACAGACAAUUCCCUUGAGCGUUGGAUAAGACAAAAAACCUCCAGUCAGUGGUCUCCAUAGCAUGGACAAGAGUCUUCUGCCUAGACCAAAAGACAUUGUGAUGGCAACCCCACCGAGUUCAUUUCAGCAGGAGCCCCUCACACCUCCAAGAUCCUCACUUAAGCCCAACCAAGUUGGACAGGUCAUCCUCUACGGGGUACCAAUUGUUUCACUGGUAAUUGACAAUCAAGAGCGGCUAUGCCUGGCUCAGAUAUCCAACACCCUGUUAAAGAACUACAGCUACAAUGAGAUCCACAACCGUCGAGUAGCUCUCGGCAUCACCUGUGUGCAGUGCACCCCAGUCCAGCUUGAGAUCCUUCGGCGGGCAGGUGCCAUGCCCAUUUCAUCCCGGCGCUGUGGCAUGAUCACCAAACGGGAAGCGGAACGGCUUUGCAAGUCUUUCCUGGGCGAGAACUCUCCACCCAAACUGCCAGACAACUUUGCGUUUGAAGUGAUGCAUGAAUGUGCUUGGGGCUGCCGGGGAAGUUUCAUCCCAGCACGCUACAACAGCUCCAGGGCUAAAUGCAUCAAGUGCUCCUACUGCAAUAUGUACUUCUCCCCGAACAAAUUCAUCUUCCACUCACACCGCACACCCGAGGCCAAGUACACACAGCCAGAUGCCGCCAACUUCAACUCCUGGCGUCGGCACCUUAAACUGGCAGAAAAAACACCACCCGACGACCUGAUGUUUGCCUGGGAGGAUGUAAAAGCCAUGUUCAAUGGAGGAAGUCGUAAGAGAGCGCUUCCUUCCUCUCACUGCUCAUCUUUGAGUGCAGUCAAAGCUGUAAACUCAGUUCUGCCCCACAUGAUCUCUCCCGAACUGGCCCAGAAGAGGGGACGAUAUGAGGAUGAUGAUGAUUUGGACUCCAACAGCCUCUCACCUCGAAAAGCACCUCGCAGUUACCCCGUUAUUCCGGUCCCAAGUAAAGGUUUCGGGAUGUUGCAAAAGUUCCCAACUACGUCACUAUUCCCCAGCCCCUACACCUUCCCUGCAUUUGGCCUGUGCCCGCAGAAGAAGGACGACAGCGAGGCAAGCAAUGGACAGAAAAAUAACAGCCUCUCAGGUCUUCUUUGGCCUGGCCGUAAAGAUGCUUUUUAUCCUCCUUUCUGCAUGUUCUGGCCCCCAAGGGCAACAGGGGGUAUUCCAGUACCCACUUACCUGCAACCCCAACCCAAUGCUUUGUCCUCCCUCACAGAAAGCCCAUCUCUCAGACAAGCUUUUUUGGAUCUGUCUGAGCAGGGCGAUGCUGGUUCAGGCUUGGAUACAAACCCCAGAUCUGGGCUGUUUGACAGUGACUGCCCACCCGUGACCUCAGAACUACGACCUGCCCCAGAAGGCUGGCUAAAGCUGCUAGACGCCCCCUCCCUACAAGCCCGCAAGGCCAGUUACCACUCUGCCUUCCGGCCAGUGGUCAAAGACACAGAAAGCAUCGCCAAACUCCACGGCAGCCUGGAGGACUUCGGCCCUGAGAGGCACCUUUCCCCAGGAACCAGCUGCAGCUACCAAAGUGACAGUGCAGAAAGUGACGAGGAGCAAGAAGUGGAUGUGGAGACGAAACAGGAUGAGGAACAGGAGGACUUUGGCAGCCGUGCAGCGCAGACACCACCGCAGCCGUGCGGCAUGCACAUGCGUGGACUUCCUGACAGCCAAACAACAGCCGAACAGGCCAAAGAACAAGCCUCCUUCCCAAGCAUACCCGCUGAGACCCCGGCAGAGGACAAACCAGGCCUCGCUGUCAGUCCGCCUACUAUCCUCAAAGUCCCCAGCCCCGUUCACGGCUCGCUGGAGGAAAGCGCCGCGUACAGAAAUGCUCACAAGAGCAGAGACGAUGGGCUGCCAGCUUACGCAACCAAAAACAAAACAGCCAUCUCAGAUGACAACAAAGAGCAAAGCAGCUUUUUCGUCUCAGAGACAGAGACAUCCGCACCGGAAUACUGGCGAGAAAACCCAACAGACCAAAGUCAAGAUGCAAACUCUCCUGUAUCACUUAAGAAGGAUGUUGAGAACAUGGAAAAAGAGGAACUCCAGAAAGUUCUCCUUGAACAGAUAGAUUUACGGAGGAGACUGGAGCAGGAGUUUCACGCUCUGAAAGGCAGCUCUCCAUUUCCAGUUUUCCAUAACUUUCAGGACCAAAUGAAGAGAGAACUGGCGUACAGGGAAGAGAUGGUACAGCAGUUACAGAUGAUUCCCUAUGCAAACAUCAUUAGAAAAGAAAAAGUCGGGACACAUCUAAACAAAAGCUAAAUGUUCAUUUCAUCUACAACAAUAUCAAGCUGCUCUCAACAUCAUCAGAGACAAUGAAGUAAAAUCAUCUCAGUCUCCGAGGAAUCGUCAAACAAAAUGAAAAUAACCUUUUCGCCGAAUCAAAAUAUCAGCACCUCAACAAUCUCUCCAAUGAAACCAAAUGGCAUCAGCGACUGAUACACACUUCAGUGCAUCUACCAAUGAUUUAGACUUCAAUUGACUUAUUUAUCUCCUGUACAGAAACCCUUGUUUGAUUAUUUAUGGACUUAUUUAAGUUUAUUUAUGACCCAUGCAUUCCCUGGUUUGUUGAUAACAACGGACUGUACAGUUCUAUUAGCCCUAGGUUGUAAAUGUACAGAAGGAGCUUGCUUUGGAAGAGCAUCUCAAAGUGUGUUAACUUUUCUCGUUUUGCCUGUUUAAAUACAACACUGACAUAAACACGAGUUUAAAAAAAUGUUAUUAUUAACUGUUCAUGCAAAUGUAUUUAAAUAUGUUCUUGUAGUUUCUCUACUAUUUAU